CUGCUGCCGAUGAUAAUCGCGAAACCUUUGACGAGCACCAAGAUGAGACUGCUGCUGUGUCGGAAGAAACUCGAAUGACAGCCGAGCUUCUGGUCCAAACUUUGUGACGAUGGCAGCCGAAUGGAGGCAGCACGAAAUGCCGUUGGAGAAAGUCCAUUUGGCUCUAUCAGAACCAGACGUGAAGGAGCUCUGGAAUUUCCUCGGGAAUCUCGUCAACAUCAAUCGAAUGCUGCAGAUGGCCCUGCCGCCGAUUGAGACUGAAAACACACCCAAGCCAGAGGAUAUGGCUGACGAAAUCGCACCAGACAACGGUUUCAUGCUGGAGGAUCCGUCGAUAAACCCUGAUUCAGCUGCGGCUCCAAGUGCGGUAACCGCCAAAGUUGACACAGACGCGAGCAAUGAUUCAAGAGUCGCCUCUGAUGCACGCGAUGGCACAGUGUUACUCGACAAUCAAGUGGUGUUCCGUACCAAGAAUAUCAUCCAUUCAUUCUCGGUUAACGCAGGCAAUCGCGCGAUAUUUGCGGUUGGAACUUCAAAGGAAAUUUAUGAAAUUGAUGUUGAAGUGUCAUCAAAGUAUCAAAAGACAUCGACGGCCCUUAUCCCAGAAAGCAAGGCGCCCGUGGACGAUCUCGAUGGACUGCCAGGUCGAGAGUCACUCGCGACUUUGUCCUUGGACGACGGAGAUCGACUCAGUGCUACAAAACGAAACUUGAGCUUUGAUUCAUUACAAAAGGCUUUGAAAAAAUCAAUGCACACCUUACGGCGAGGAUUUUCAUCAACACAAGCAAUCGAUAAUGGACAACGGCUCCAGCGAGAAGGGGCAUCUGUCGCGAUUGACAGCCACCCGUCUUUAAACUACUAUCUUUCACCAUCGAGUGAAACUUCGAACUCGAUUAACCUCUAUCACUACGGACAGAAGAAGGAACUUGUUUCGUACACAUUUAAAUCGGCGGGACGGCUGACUAAGAUUCGAUUUGACCCUUUCGGUGUUCGCUUUGGUGCGACCGACACCAAAGGAGACUUGCAUCUCUGGAAGUUUGACGCAAGUUCCCAGGGUCUUGCUCCAACUCAGACCCUGAGCUGCCAUAAUGGGCCAGCAUACGAUUUCCGCUAUUUGAGCUCCGGGAGCUUCUUGGCAACUGCGGGGAGCUCCGCGACAUCGCUAAAUGUUUGCAUGUGGGACACACUGCUCCCUCAACAGAAACAAAGAGUCAAGGGCUUCACUGUCAACGAAGGAGGAUCCCAUUCUUUGGUGUACUCCCCUCGCCACAAUUUGGUCAUAUCGGGGGGAAAACGGGGUGACAUAGCCGUAAUUGAUGUCAGACAAAGAAUAUGCCUCAACAACUACUUUGCCCAUGACAACACGAUUCGGACUCUUGCUAUCGAUGAAGAACGUGACCUUUUGAUUUCAGGCUCAGCAAGUGGCGAGGUGAAGAUUUGGGAUCUUGUGUCAUUCCAGGAAACACAUUACUGGACGCCUGCAGACCCAAAAGGAAGCACAGGAUCAGACAGAGUCGGUGAUCCGACAUGCGGAAUCCUCCAGCUCAGUGUAUUCGACGGAUGGAUAUACAGCUGUGGAAUCGAUGGAACCCUCAGACGUUUUACGUUGGAUGGAAGUGCAUGAUACGAAGAAUUCAUUGGAGAUAAUACAGUUUCCCACAUUCGAUAUAGCAAGUCCUGCGUGUGUCGUGAUGGAGUGGACGAUCGACGAUCAUUGGAGGUGAAGUCUU